AUGCCAAAAUGAUUAAAAAAUUGGGUUUAGGUCUUGGGGAUACACAAUUGUUUGUUGGAACUGUGUUGGACUUGCAACGACCCAAAACUACUGUAUAUAUCAUUGACUGAAGCAGCUACAAAUUGGAAAGUGAGUUAUUUCAUUUAGAGUUUAUCAGAAGACGGAUCUUUACACAUAAAGAACCUGCCAUCUGAAGAGAAUUGAGAAGAAAAUAUAUAGAAAGAUUUUUGUGCAGGGCAGCUUCUGAAACCGAAAAUGGCGGCUGCGCCAUCAUCAUCGCCGUCCUCGGAUUCUCGGAACUCAGCUACUCAUCCUAUCCAACCUGAGCGCGAGGUUGGUGAAGUUGCAACUAACAGUGGUGUCUUUGAUGUAUUCGAGAAAAGGCCUGACUCACCUCCCCAACAUUUUCAGGUUCUCAAUAGCAUAGACUAUAUCGAGAAGUACCAAAAAUAUGAAGCUGACUACAAUCGUCGUCUUAUGGCAAAAUACUUCUCGAAGAAGAAUCUAUAUGGGGGAAGUAUAUUUGAGGAAACUAUGACAAUAAAUGGUGAGACAAUAAAGUCAAGCAGGUGGCCUUGCACUCGUUCAUUUGCAGACCCAGUGCAGGCUUUUGAAGAUCAGAGUAGCUGUGCUUCAUCGUCAAUAGCAGAAAAUAUGAAUAAUGUCCCAAAUGGAAGGCAUGGCUGACAAUCAAUAUGUUGCUUUCUUUCAAGGUUAUUGUACGUAAACUGAUGUGGAUGAUGUAGACCAGCAUGUUCUGAGUAGAAACUAAGCAGAACUUUCAUCC